GAGGCGCAAACAGAACAAACAAAACUGCUAGAUUUGUCAAUGCAGGGAUUGAAUGACGAGCAAAUGGGAAAUUUGUUUUUGUUAGCCGAAGUAGCCGCUAAAAUGCCGAAAGUCGAAGUAGUCACUAAAAAUGCAGACGAAUUUGACAGUCAAAAUUUAACAGUCAAAGAAGAGAGCGUCAAACGAAAUAGUGUAGGGGAACUCGCACGGAAGAAAAGGGAAAGGAAGAAAUUGCUGUGUGAUUUGUGUGAAAAGAUACCACAUAUGAAAAACCAUAAGAUGGCUCAUACCGGGGAAAAGCGGUACAGUUGUCCGACAUGCGACAAAAGUUUCUCUCGAUUAUACAACAGGGAUGUGCAUAUGAGAAUUCAUACCAAAGAGAAACCGUACAUUUGUCCGAGAUGCAAUAAAAGUUUCAGACUAAAACAACAUUUGCAAGGUCACCUAGUAACUCAUGACAGGAAUGAAUGA